AUGGCUGCUGGCCCAUACUUCCCAUCGAUCGACCAGUUCCCGCCCGGCUACGCAGAGGAGAACAACUCUCGGCCUCUCCUAGAAACAUGCAUCGCCUUCCUCGUCCUCGACACAACCUUCAUGAUACUUCUCUAUACAUCGCGAUUCCUGUGUAACGACAAGAAGCAUUCUAGCGAGCAAAGAGCAAAUUGGAGCAUGAUCAGCUUGAUGACAGGCACAUACAUCGUCUGCAUCAGCAAGAUUACACUCGGUUUCUUGGCCAUCCACGUCGGCGGCGCAGGCAGACACACCGCAACGCUCGACUACGCGACUAUUACGACCGCCCUGCAGAUCAACACCGCCCUUCAACUCAUCUGCCCCCUCACCACCUCCCUCUCCAAGAUGUCCAUACUCUGCCUCCUCCACACCAUCUUCGGCCGCACCUCCGAGCGCACCCGCCUCGUCAUCCGCAUCACCUUCGUCCUCUGCCUCAUCACCCUCCUAGUACAAGUCAUCAUUCCCUUCGCAAAUUGCCGCCCUUUCAGCGCAUCAUGGACGCUCGGCCAGCAGUCGCAAUGCGCCAUCUCCGGUCUUGCUCUUUGGAAGUACCUCAGCAUUCCGAACGUCAUCGGCACGUUGGUCGUCGUCGCGAUUCCGCUCCCCGCGCUGUACAAGCUGCGCGUCUCCGCCGCGACGAAGCUGGGUCUGGCGGUCGUGCUGUCCGUGUGUGUGUGCGGCGUGGUCGCGGCCAUCAUGCGGUUCGUGUCAUUUGUGAGGGUCAUGUCGUUUGAUGAUUUCAGCUACGAGCAGAUCGACCCUUUGCGGUGGACGAUUGCCGAGUCGGGCAUUUACAUGGUUGCGGGCGUGUUACCGACGUUGAGGCCGCUGAUGAAGAAGCUGUUCGGCAACACGACGUUUGAGAGGAUAUUGACGGGGAGGUUCAGGUCGAGUGGGAGUGGGAAGAGCGGAGUGAGUGAUGUUAGUUGGGGACACAAGAGGGGGAGUGUGAUGGGAAGGGGCGAUGUAGACGAGGUUGCACUUGUGAAGAAGGAGAAGAAGUUGUCGGCAUUGAGCACAGAAGAGACUGUUGUUGGGUUUGAGGAUGAGGAGAAAAUAAAACUGUAG